GUGGAAGAGAACUGUUUCAAAGAAGAACGUCAUCUACAGUAUCAAAGUGAAACCAGAAAUGGACGUGCCGCCUAUUGAGAGGAAACGGAAGUACCGCCAUCUUGGAUUUUCUAUGAUCCGACGCACACAACAUCCAGCAGCAGCACUUUGA